AUGACUGACACUCCUGCUCCUCUGGCUUCCCUUCAGGAUGAGGUUGAGGACCCCUGGUACCAGAAAGUGUGCAAAUGCAAUUGCCAAGGAGGUGCCAAUGUCCUGUGGUCUGCUGGUACAACCUCCUUAGACUGUAUACCAGAGUGCCCAUAUCAUAAGCCCCUGGGGUUCGAGUCAGGAGAGGUCACACCAGACCAGAUCACCUGCUCCAACCUGGAGCAGUAUGUGGGCUGGUAUUCCUCGUGGACAGCUAACAAAGCCCGGCUCAACAGUCAAGGCUUUGGGUGCGCCUGGCUCUCCAAGUACCAGGACAGCAGCCAGUGGCUGCAGAUAGAUCUGAAGGAAGUCAAGGUGAUUUCAGGGAUCCUCACCCAGGGGCGCUGUGAUAUCGAUGAGUGGAUGACCAAGUACAGCGUGCAGUACAGGACGGAUGAGAGCCUGAACUGGAUUUACUAUAAGGACCAGACAGGAAACAACCGGGUCUUCUAUGGAAACUCAGACCGAACCUCCACAGUCCAGAACCUCCUGCGGCCCCCCAUCAUUUCCCGCUUCAUCCGGCUGAUCCCGCUGGGCUGGCACGUCCGCAUUGCCAUCCGGAUGGAGCUGCUGGAGUGUGCCAGCAAGUGUGCCUGAGGCCUCCCUCCCGCCGUGGGGGGCGGAGGGCUCAGAGCUGCCUGCAGGGGAACCCUGAUGCGAAGAAGGGGGGGGGACAAAAGCAGCUGUAUUUUACAAGCUCUUUUCAAUGCAGAGCUGGGCAGAAAGAAUUUCUUUUAAAAAAAUAUAUAUAUAUAGUUUCCAAUUUCAAUGAAAGAGAAAAAAGAAAAAUGAGCUUAUGUCCCACUCAGGGCCAAAGAAAAUAAGAACAAAGAAAAUAAGAACAAAGAAAAUGUCCCUAAAAUCAGUUUUCAUACAAAUGCCUAAGCAGCAGGGGUAAUUUGCUGCUCUUGGUUUUGGUUUUUGUUUUGUUUUUGGUCUGACAAAGUGAAAGGUGUGGUCUCAGGGAACACAAAGGAGCCUAGAGAAUUUCAAAACUCUUUCGCUUUACCACCCUGAAAAUAGGAACGUAGUUGCAUAAAACUUUGAUUUCAGUGCAAACGGGCAGCAGGUUUGCAGUUUCUCCUUCAAGUUUUCAGUGAAUCAUGGCCUUUUAGGACUUCAGAGUACUGGGUGUGCAGAGGGCAAGGUUUGGGGUGAUUGGUUGGCCGAGAGGAGUACAGGGUUGGGAGCCUGUGUCCUGAUCUCCUGGGAGGGUGCACACAACCAAUCACCCCAGGUAAAAGGGCCUCCUCUGCUCGGAGCUUUCAGCCCAGCACAGAAUGCCCCUUUAUCUAGGGCUACCAUUUUUUGACAAGCUUAACAUUUUGAAAGCAGUUGGCCCAGGAGCUAUCACUGGCUGCGCAGAGGAGGCCCGUGAGCUAACCGUGCGCUUUGCAGGAAGUGGUCAGACCCUAGGUCCUAAGAAGGGCAAUGUGGCCCUAUCUCUCGUGACCCAAAUGUUUAACCUCUCUCCCUUGCCUUGCAACACACAAACAUGCCUGCUCCUGCUCCUGAGCCUGCAACUGCCUUUGGGAAGGACCCGGCCAGAAAUGGGCCUGGCUUUCCCCUCCUGGAGGAAUGCAUUAAGCAGGGACCUUUCGGGGACAACAGCCCAAGUCUCCUCUGUCAUUUAUAUUUAUAGCUCAGUCUGAGUUUUCAGGCCCUUCCUUGGGAGAGGCUGGUAACAUGGGGCGUGGAAAGGAGAGGUAUACAAAAGUAGGAGCCUCUACUCGCGGCUCAUUUUCCUGUUACUUUCUGUUUUCAAAUACCAAGCCAACUGAAUGCACUCGCACUAACGUGGCACUAACGUGAUCGUGGAUAUCACAUUCACCUUCUCUGUGAGCCGGAAGCCUCCUAAAAGCCCCAGAUCGCUUCCCUGCUGUUUUGGGCUUAGAACAGCUUUAUAUUCAACCCACCGUCUUUCUAAUCCCCACGCUGUAUACUUGAAGCUGGAAAAAGCUUUCCUUGCUCAGUAUUCUCUGAAACACAAACAUACCAAAUUCAAGGUGGAGGGAAAAAAAUAAUCCUUCUCUGGCCUUAGGAAGACAUGAAUAAAUCCAUUUAGAGCAGAUGCCUGAUUGGAGCCCCUUACUGGAAAGUUGAAUGAAAUUUUAUCAUGACAUGGAUUGUCAGAGAAAAUGGCAGAAGCAUAAGAGCUCAGGUCCUCUGCAACAGCCGCACGAGACACAGGAGGGGAUUACAGUUACGAGGAAAGAAGAAUGGAACAGUGUGAGGUAGCAAUAGAGGUUCUCCAAGUAAUUGUUCAUGUUGGAAAUUUCUGUUUUGUAAAGGUUUAACGAGGUGAAGUCAUAUACCAUGCAAAUUUCACCCAUUUCAAGUGUACAACUCAAUGACUUUAAGUACACUCAGAGUUGAGUGACCAUUAUCACAAUUUUAGAAAAAUUCAUCACCCCACAAAGAAACUCUGCACCCAUGAGCCAUCACCCUCCCCCGCCCCCCACAACCAAGUCGCCCACUUGGCCCUAGGCAACCACUGAUCCAAUUUCUAUCUCUGUAGAUUUGCCUAUUUUUGACAUUUCAUGUAAACAGAAUCAUACAAUUGUGGUCUUUUCUGUCUGGCUUCUUUUGCUUAGCGUAGUGUUUUUCCAAGGUUCAUUCAUACCGUAGCAUGUAUCAGUACUUAAUUCCUUUUUACAGCUGAAUAUCAUUCCAUUUAUAUGCAUAGAUGAUAUUGUAUUUAUCCAUUCAUCUGUUGAUGGACAUUUGGGUUGUUUCCAUGUUUUUGGCUAUUAUGAAUAAUGCUGCUAUAAACAACUACGUGCAAGUUUUUGUCUGAA